UCUUAUUCUGACACCAUUUCUGUGUUGCUUCUAGGGCCAAAUUCAGAGGAGCUGGACUCUGAUGACUUAGAAGAAGAAGAAGAUUUUGAAUUUUUAGACAGUGAUGAAGAGCCUGAUUUAAAAGCUGAUUCUCAAGGAGAUACAGCAUCUUGGAAUGAAACAACCAAAAAUCUCCAAACAUACAUGAAUGAAAUGGAUCAUGAAUUAUCCUCCACCACUAUUGGCAAAAGCUUUACCAAUCAGAAGAAAGAGGUGAGAUCUAGUAAAGUAUUUCCACAUGAAGACCCUAACACAGAUUUGGAAGGCAGUCAGAGUAAAGAUGAUCCUGAUACAACACCUGUGGACAUUGAUGUGAACCUUGUAACUAACUUGUUGGAAUCCUAUAAUGCUCAAGUUGGCUUACCAGGACCUGCUUCUAACAUUCUACAGAGCAUGGGAGUAUAUUUGCCAGAUAAUACAGACCACAGACCUCAUUAGCAAUUCAUUGAUGCAAUAAAUUGGUUUUCUCGCUUAAAAGCUACAUUGCUAAAACCUUUUUAAUUAAGUUCUCAGAAGAUGCUUUUGCAGAUGGAUUUGAAUCAUUUGGAGUAUCCUUGCCAACUACUUAACCAUCUUGUGGAAUCUGUUUUCCGAAACAAUAAUUGUAAAGCGCCGAGAAAAUGGACUCUUGCAAAUAUUUUUAUAAUCCUUUUUAGAUUCAUUAAAAUACUUGGGAUUUUCUUGCAAAUAUCUUGAAUUUUUUUUAAAAAAAGACACUUUAUCUACAAUGUUUAAUAAACAUUAAACAACUUUCCA